AUCUCCAGCAUCCCGCAUCCGCCAACUUGCUCUCCUCUCCUUCUUUACCUUUACCUUUUAGUCACUUAUUGUUUAUUAUCGUGCAAAUCUUGCUCUCUCUUAAUCUUGCGCUUCUGCGCGCAGAGAUUCCGCAUCCAUGGAUAUGAACCAUUUCAUCGGGCGUCGCUUCAACUUGAUUUCGAAGAGUGAUAUUCGCUACGUGGGAACGCUCCAUGAGAUAAAUCCCGAAGCGUCUACCAUCGCCCUCGAAAAUGUCAUCUCGCACGGCACGGAAGGUCGACGCGGUAAUCCGUCUGAAGAAAUAGCCCCUUCCGCUAGUGUUUACGAGUACAUUGUUUUUCGCGGAAGUGACGUGAAGGACAUAAGCUUCGCGGAUGAGCAGAAAGAGAAUCAGCAAGCCGAGCCACCACAAAUGCCAAAUGACCCUGCUAUCCUUGGAAGUUCUUCCCGUCCUGGUCCUCCGCAGGGGGCAGGCCGAGGCCAGGCAAACCAUUUCCCCCAACCACCCCGUCCAGCACCUCCCGGAUUUCCUCAACAACCACCCUUCCCAGGCUACUAUGGCCCAUACGGUCAGCGAUAUGGUCCACCCGGGUUUCCGCCAGGCCCUGGUUUCCCUAACAUGCCAUACAACAACCCCCCAGGGUGGUAUCCUCCUCCUGGUCAAGGUUUCCAACAACAGCCUGGAAACUUCCCUCCGCCACAAAUGCCUAUUGGACCCUCUCAGGUUCAGCAAGGCCAGCAACAGCGUCCAAAUACCCAACCUGGUCCAGCCAUGCCCAAGGCAACUUCUGAACUCCCGGUCGGUGAGAAACCUGCUACCAAACCUUCGAGUAAACCGGCGACGCCAGCUCCGGCGCCUGGACCUGGAGGUGCAGUCGCGCCAUUGAGCGGUGCCCCUGAGAAGCCUGAUGCAAAGCAAGCCCAACCGCAACCAAGUGUGCCCGGCAGCGCUUCUGCCACCGCUCCAUCGGCCCCCGCAAUGAAUGGCACUGCAACUACUACAAAACCCAUCCAGGCUCCCUCCAGUAACGCACAGAAACCAGAACGGGUUGUACCAGCAAUCCCCAUAUCUAUCCCUGCAGCAAAACCUCCUGUUCCUGCGACAACCAAUAUUUCCCUUAACGGCACUGGGGCCUCACAAACAGCUACGCAAAAUGCCCGUACCCCUGUAGCGAUGCAAGAGGCAACAAAAGCUGCCACAGCAGCUGUUGCUGCGGCUAUGGCCAAGUUACCCCAGCCGCCAUCUGCUCAGGGAAAGCCGCAGGGUAGUGAAGCAGCCGUUGAAUCAGUAACCAAGAAAGUUGGUGAAAUGAAGCCCUUCGAGGGUGAACGCCCGGCUCGUGGAGGACAUCAAAAUGUUCGCGGAGGACGAGGCCAUCGUGGUGGAUACCACCAGCCACAUGUUAAGAAAGUUGAGGUUCCGAGUACCGAUUUUGAUUUCGAAUCUGCAAACGCGAAGUUCAACAAACAAGAUGUUGCCAAAGAAGCCAUUGCAUCGGGUUCUCCGCUCGCGGAAUCCGAGGACAAGGCGACCAACGGAACAGCUGCGACAAAUGGUACGAAUGGAGCCGCUACAUCAAGUGGAACUGUCGCCGCCUACGACAAAUCGUCUUCCUUUUUUGAUAACCUCUCCAGCGAAGCUCGUGACCGGGUAGAAGGUGUUCGUCGUGGGCGCCGUGGUGAAGAGGAAAAGAAAAACAUGGAGACUUUCGGACAAGGAAGCGUUGAUGGAGGUUAUCGUGGCGGAUUCAGAGGACGCGGAAGAGGAAGGGGAUAUGGCCGCGGUCGAGGUUCGUAUGGUCGCGGGUAUGGUGGUGGACGUGGAAGGGGAAAUUUUCGAGGUGGACGCGAUGCCUCUAAUGUCACCGGUGUCGCGGCGCAAACAUCGUAACCGAAUUCUCACCCCCUAUUAUCCGUCGUUUCCACUUAUGUCUUCCGUCGGAUGCUCUUAAUAACAUUCUCGACAUCGUGAGCCUGCUAUAGCGACUGCUUUGAUGGUAUCGGUUUGAAGUGACAUAGAUCGAGAGCCAAAGCAGGUUCAAUGGAUCAAAUAAACCUUCAAGCGAAACCCGAAUUGCCCAAAACCACGUCCAUAUUUAUCGGGUCAGGUAUUUUGGUGGCAUCCAUCUUUUGACUUCCUUGCCAGCUAAAUGCUGUUAAAUGUUUUAUUUUGUUCUCACUUUUGCCCGAGGUGUUAGGCGGCCGGUUCUGGACUUGCUGGAAUGAUGAGCAAUGACAUUGAAAAUGCACUAAUGUUGUUAUGUUAUCACCCAAAUUAACUCUUUCUAUGCCUCCUCGCUGAGCCAACGGUCUGUGUUGAGGGUCUUCUGUUUCCUACUCUCCAUAGCCCCCAUCUGUUUUUACUGGUCCGCUAUUACCUACAAACCCACACCCCCUUUUCCUCUUUCUUUCUUUCUUUCUUUUUUUUUUUUUUCCCUCUUUUGUGGCAUUGCAGAUUGUUAAGGUUGCUUUUCCCUCAUUCCCAUCCCUUUGAUUCUUAGGGUCUUGUUGAUUUCUUGUUUUAUGCAUUUGCCAAAGGCCAUAAUGUGAAGAAAUUGUAUUAUG